CGAGUAACUGCAUGUUUAUUCCCCUGCGCUCUUAUUAUCGCUGUCAGACUGGCUUCACUAGUUUACCCCGUACCAUUUUGUUUUUAGUCCUCUGUUGUCUUUUACGUUUCUGUUUAAUUCCCCACACAGUUCCUGACGCAGUUUGUAUACACGAGUGUUUUUUGGUUUUCUUCUGUGCACGUUCACCGCAGAUGGAAAACAAGAUGACGAUGCUAGCAGGCUAAUGCUAGCUGGUGUUGUUUGACAGACAGGUGAAAAAAAUAAUCAGUUUCUUUAAGAUGAGGAUGUUUUCAGUUUCACACAAGACGGCCUUUGUGGUCGAUCACUGCCCGUACAUGGCAGAGUCCUGCCGGCAGCUGAUCGAGUGUGACAUGCUGACCAAAAGCCGCUCACAGGGUGUGAUUCCUCUGGCUCCAGUCUCCAAAUCUCUAUGGACUUGUGCUGUUGAGUGCUCCAUGGAGUACUGCCGGAUCCUGUAUGACAUUUACCCCACCAGGAAACUAGUGAACUACAUUGUGAGUGAUUCUGAGGUUCACAUCCUGAACAGCUGGAAGCAGGAAAACCAGAACACACUUGAGUUGAUGGCUGCUUUAGCAGCUGUCGGGCCUCCAAACCCUCGUGAGGAUCCUGAAUGCUGCAGUGUGCUGCAUGGACUGGUGGCCGCAGUUGAAUCGCUGUGUAAGAUCACAGAAUACCAGCACGAGGCUCGUACUUCUCUGAUGGACAUGGCUGACAGAGUUGCCAAUAGAGGGCGCAUUAUCUGUCUUACUAAUGCCAAAAGUGAUACUCAUGUCAGAAUGCUGGAGGACUGUGUACUGGAAACCAUUCAGGAGCAGAACAAACUGGCUGCAGGAUCUGAUCGACUGAUGCCUAUUCAGCAGUGUGAGCUUGUGCUGGUCCACAUCUACCCACAGGGCGACGACACUCUGGUCUCAGACCGCCAAAAGAAAGAGCUCUCAUCAGUGUUGAGCAGUGAGGUUCACAGUGUGCGUGCUGGACGCUAUCUGGCCUCUAAACUGAAUGUGCUGGUUCAGCAGCACUUUGAUUUGGCCUCCACCACCAUCACUAACAUCCCCAUGAAGGAGGAGCAGCACGCUAACACUUCUGCAAAUUAUGAUGUUGAGCUAUUGCACCAUCGGGAUGCUCAUAUGGAAUUCAUCAAGAGUGGUGAUUUGCACAUGGCUGGCAGCACCAGCAGAGACAGUGGCCUGAAGGAAACAGUUACACUCAAAUGGUGCACUCCACGUACCAACAGUGUAGAGCUACAUUACUGCACUGGGGCCUAUCGCAUUUCUCCUGUUGACGUCAACAGCCGACCAUCUUCCUGUCUCACCAACUUCCUGUUGAACGGUCGAUCAGUGCUGCUUGAGCAGCCCCGAAAGUCAGGGUCAAAGGUCAUUAGUCACAUGUUGAGCAGUCAUGGAGGGGAGAUCUUUCUGCAUGUGCUGAACAGCACUCGCUCCACACUCGAAGACCCGCCCUCCAUCAGCGAGGGCUGCGGGGGACGAGUGACCGACUACCGCAUCACUGACUUUGGUGAGUUUAUGCGAGAGAAUCGUCUGACUCCGUUUCCAGACACAAUGGUAGAUACAGCAAGCAAAACUCCACUUGAGAGAGCCAAAGCCCAGCUAGAGCGGCACACACGGUACUGGCCAAUGAUCAUCUCUCAAACAACGAUCUUCAACAUGCAGGCGGUGGUGCCGUUAGCUAACCUCAUUGUGAAGGACACUCUAACAGAAGAGGAUGUGCUGACCUGUCAGAAAACAGUCUAUAAUCUUGUUGAUAUGGAGAGGAAGAGUGACCCUCUGCCCAUCUCAACUGUCGGCUCCAGAGGAAAAGGUCCCAAACGUGAUGAGCAGUAUCGGAUCAUGUGGAAUGAGCUGGAGACGCUGGUAAAGACUCAUGUGGGCACCAGUGAGCGGCACCAGCGUGUACUGGACUGUAUCGGUGCCUGCCGAAGCAAACCCCCAGAGGAGGAGGAGAGGAAAAAAAGAGGAAGGAAAAGGGAGGAUAAAGAGGACAAAACUGAGAAAAAUGGCAAAGACCCAGAGGAGAAGAGCUGGACCACAGACUCUGAGAGGCUGAAGGGGGUGAUGGAGCGUGAGAAGGAUGAACAGAGUGAAUGUGAGAUCAUUAAAGAUUCGCCAGACUCUCCAGAGCCCCUGAACAAGAAACCUCGCUUAGCCAUAGAGGAGCAGCAGCCUCCAGAGAAAUCUAAAGGUCCUGUCUCUCUACUUAGUCUUUGGACCAACCGAAUCACCCAAGCCAACUCCAGAAAACAUCAGGAGUUUGCAGGAAGAUUGACUUCUGUGAAUAACAAGGCUGAGCUUUAUCAACAUCUGAAAGAGGAAAAUGGGAUGGAUGCUCAUGAGAAUGGAAAAGCCACUAGAUGAUGUGUGGAGCAUGCCUCUUCUCAUCACUGCAGGAUCAUUGAUUGGUUGAGAUACUGUGAUUUAGUGACCUUGCGGCAUGAAAUCAAGAUGAUGUUUGCCAGGAUGCUGGCUUUGUGCCAGGCAAAGAACAAUGUUGUUUUUAUAAGGAGACACUUUUUAUAUGCUUAAGUUUGUACAAAGAAUUUGAAAUAUUCUGAAACUGUAGAAUAAAAAUGCUUGUAAAGUG